GCAGCGGAGAGCCACUCUUCUCUUCGGGCAGUUCUUUCCGUCAUUGUCUAUCCGAAUUCGGGUGCUUCGUCUCCAUCAUCACGCCUUCUUCUUCCCAGACACGUCAGCUCAGUCCGACGGCCCUUGCCAGCGUGCCGUGUGCUGUCCGAGCCCUGUUCCUGAACUCAGCCGACCAGGCCGAUGAUCUUUCCUACUGCAACUCCCCCAUAUCAUCUCUUGAUUCAUUUGAGACGUCGUCUCGGAAUGACGAGUCGCUCUUGCACUUCUGCUGGCCGCCUCUUCGUUCUGGCCGUCGUCGCUGUCCUCUCCCUUUCGGUAUCUGCUUCGUUUACCAGCCCCAGUCGACUUUCACCCUCGCCCAACAAAGAUUUACACGCACUGCUUGCACGACAGGCCACCAAUGCGACGAGCACUUCUGUGACAAGGACAUCGUCAGCUUCGGCGUCACCUGCAAGCGCAUCUUCCCCCGCUGCUAGCUCAAAUAGCAGCAGCGGAACGGGUGGCCCUAGCUGCAGCAUGACGGCUCCCUCUGACGAUCCAAAUCAAAGCACCUCUUGGUCCAGCGCGUUCGUCUCCACCUGCUGCGUGCAAGGCAAGGGCGCGAUAUGCUACACGCGCACCUCCACUUCCAGUUCCAGCUGCGCCAUCCCGUCAUGUUCCGACUUGGCGUCAGGCAACAGCACGCAGAUGAACGGCUUUGUCCCCCUCGCGCCCGCCGCCACCGCCGACAAUCCGGAUCCGAUGGGUAACGGCGCCGCGGGCAGCGGCAGAAACCUGACGUACUCGAAUUAUGCACCGGACGGCGCUGGCGGCAAUGCUGAACGGAGGUCGCACGAAGUGGCACACACCAAAUUUGUCGCCCUCGGUGCCGCUCUUUUCAUGAUCGUUGGGACAUGCUUGCUCUGAGAUGUGUCAGCACUACAUGUGGCGCACUGUCUCGUCUCAGUCUGGUGCUGGCACUGCUUGUCUGGCUCCAAGAAAAUGUUCUUUGCAAUACCUGCAUUUUCAUUGUCGUACACCCGCACCCUCAUCCAGCACGGCCUUUGCAAGCACCGGUUUUUACUCCUUCA